AUGGCACAAGAUACACUGUCAGUAAGUCAACGCACUGAACACAAAAUUGAAACGCAACAAAGCGAUGAGAUGGAGAUAUCGUCGUGUCACUCUUCCCUAAGUACAAGCUCUGAACCAGUUGAAGAGGUUAGUGUCUGGUUGGACGAAAAAGAAGAGCAGCAGUGUAAAAGGCAAGUGUUAAACGAUGCGUUUGAUAGCAUAACAGGCGGCCGUACCAGCCCUCUUCAGUCCACGCUAAACACCGAAUGGGAUGAUAUCUCGGCAACUCAACAAAACUAUUAUUUACGUAAAGCAAGAGAGAUGAUCACUGCAACUUUGUCUGUGGUAAGCCCAGGACAAGAAAGAGAGCUCUGGGAGUCGCUACGAAAAGAACCUCUACAUAAUAAUGAAGUGGACUGCUGUGACGACGUACCACACCGUAGGUGUUUUGAUGCUAAGUCCGACCCGAUUGAAGUGUUGAUAGAGGCUCAUAACCAGGCACAGUCAUGGCAAACAAAGAGGCAAAUCUUAUCACUAUUUGCAAGCGAUUUUAGCAAAUCCGAGUUGCAAAGGAUGAUACCUUCAUUAUCAAAGUGGCGAAUUGACCAAGCACGUGAUCACGCAAUUAAAUCGGGGAAGGGACAGCCUGUUCAGGAUAAACCACUUUUUCGCUCAAGGAUUAACUCAGCGAAAGUCGAUCACUUUUUAGAUUUUAUUUCUCGUCCAGAACUGUUGCAAGACGUGGCCUUUGGAACCAAGACAUUGCGACUGGACUCUGGUGAACGCAUUGUUAUUCCAGCUGCUGUAAGAACAUUGAUUCCUUCUCGAAUCAUUGAACAAUACGCUGCCUACUGCAAACAGCAAGAAUUUGAAUCGGCAUCUGAACGAUCUUUGUAUAGAAUGCUUGACGUUUGUUCUGCCUCUAUGCAAAAAUCAUUACAGGGCCUCGAUAACAUAACCGCAGAAGGAACACAAAGCAUUGACAGUUUAGUCAAAAUCGUUGAAAACUUGGUAGAAAAUGCAGCAGAUGAAACGUGGGGAAAACAUAUUCAGCACAAGAUCAAGGAAGUGAAGAGAUAUUUUAAAACAGACUUCAAGGCACACAUUGGCAAAGAAGAAAACUGCGCAGACCAUUGUACCACGCAUUCUCUCAGCGAUACGAAAGCAGAGAACUACAAAAGUACCUGUAAUCAGAAUCAUAACAUCAAUUGUGAAAGAUGUGAAUCCCUCGAACUUGUCUUACAGGAGAUAAAAUACGAACUUGACCUCACAGAAAUGGAUGACGAGCAAAGGAGCAGAGUAGAAUUCGAUUUGAAGCAGUGUGAGACCUCAAUCUAUGCCUGGAAAGCACAUCUGUUGCGCACUAUUACACAGGACGAAGCAAAGCAAGAGACUCUGAAUAAACUGUACUAA